CCGCACUGUGCUCUGAUUGCUUUGCCACAUGACUUGGGAACUUGGACAUCGGUUGGAUAAUUUUGCUGUAACGUAAACAAACUUCUCAAGAUCAAAAGACUGAUGGCCUGACAAUUUUGGUAUCGGAUAAGAAGUACCUGACGAUGAAGUUCAGACAGAGGAUUGCUUGGUUGAUGGUGCUAUUCUUCCUAGGAGGAUCCUUUUCUGUGCUGUACUAUUUGUUUGAAUUCAGUGAGCACUACAACCAGUUUGCUCUGGAACAUGUAAAUGCCUACCACAACCCUAACGAGGCAGAUCCUGUGAAAAAUCAGAAAGGAGAAAAAGCAAAACCAGUAGACAAUGAGCGAGGGGAGGUAACUGGUACCAGUUCUGCAUGGCACCAUUUUAUAGAUGUUCCAGUGGCCGUGUGGUUUGUGGUAUUUCUGUUGCCAUAUCUACAGAUAUUUUUCAUGAUUUUGGCCUGUACAAAAGCUGAGCCUAAAAUGAGCAUGGCUUUUCAGUGGCCUUGUCUGAUUUAUUUAAAAUAUCAGCAAUGUGUUAAAGGCCCCUCUGACAAGCCCUACAGUAUGGGCCUCAACUCAACUGUGCAGACAAACGGACACAUGGUUUUCAACACAUGACCCAGGACAAUCCGAGAUAGCGACGUCAUCAACUUCACUGUGAUAUCAUCAGUAACAUUUUAACCAAGGUAUCCUUUUGAACAAUCACUGUAUCCUGUCUUGUGAACAAUGUUUUUUUAAAAGAUUAUUUUUUGUUUAUUAUAAAUGACACGUGAGCGGUACAUAUAUUUAAGUAGGACACAUAUUUAUACUGUUAAAAGGAAAUAUGGGAGUGCAGAAAUUUUCCUGUUUUCAAUUUUAGAAUUUAGAUAUUAAUUGUGAAAAAAAAUGUUCAUGUUAGCAUAAUGAAGCUGCAGUAUGUAUAGACAAACCUGUGUAAAGAGAUCACACUCAGAAGUGGAAUCUUAACUCAUUCACCCCUGACAUUUCAUAAUGAACUAUGCCAACCUUUGAAUUGGAAGAUUUCAAAUGUGUCUACAGGGGUGAAUGAGUAAAUGGUGAUGCAAGUGAUCUCAUUGUACAGGUUCAAUGCACAGUGAAAUCAAGGUGGUCUCUAAACACAGGAGAUCUCUUAAGGAGGGGGUCACUUGAACAGGUUUGACUGUAAUACUGUUGCAUAGCCAGUGUGUCAUUACUAUUGAAGGUGUUAAUUUUCAUUCAAAUUUAUUAAGGGGGUCACUUAAACAGGUUUGACUGUAAUACUGUUACAUAGCCAGUGUGUCAUUACGAUUGAAGGUGUUAAUUUUCAUGCCAAUUUAUUAAAUGGGAAAUAAAUUUUUCGCGCCACAGGUUCCGUUUUUACGGUAUGUUGUACCAGGUAUGAUCAAUUUUGUCUGGAUAUAUGUAGGAUAAAAUCAGAAUGAUAUGACAGGUCUUUAUAAGGAAUACUGUAAAAGGUAUGGAAAUGGAAAGUGGUGUUGAUGUAGGCUAAAGAUAAAAGUCAUAAGAAUGUUUUUGUAAAACAGUUGAAAACAUUGAUGUUUUUAUGUACUAUUGAUUUUGAUUGUUAUUGAGUUUAAGGGUGUGCAUUUGAUGCAUUGCAUUUGAAGGUGAAUUAUUGUUAUUGUCAAAUGUAUUGUUACACUUCUAGUUAAAAAUUAUUUUAAAUACCCAAGUGAAAUUUAGGAAUAACAAAGUCUUGGCUUCUACAGCGUAGAAGAUUUGUAUAUAUAUAUAUAAAAUAAAAAAAUCGGGCCAUCGAGGAACUAAUUUCUGUUUUUCAUACACAUGUUUUGUCGUUAUAAUGUCAGUUGUUUAUCAUUACAUAUAGUAUUUGCGUCAUAAAUGUUUCUUUCAAACUCGAAAUCCAAACUACAUGUGUUGAAGCUAGUAUUGAUUUUGAAAUUACACCAGCUGUUGCUAAAAAUAUUUAUUUUUUACAUGUGCAUACAGGUCAUAAUGUGCUAUAUAGGUUGAAAAAUUGAUAUUCUUAAUAGGCAAUAGACUAUUGAUUGUACAUGUACGAUGUAUUUGUAUUGUAUUGUAUUUGGUAAUGUAUAUUACAGAGACUUAUUAGCAUGUAUAACAUGGGGAAAUAAGUUUAGAGGAAAAUAUAUUCAUGAUAUGCUGUGGUUUUGUUUAGUAACAAUGUGUUACAUUUUACUUUUAUAAAAAUGACUUAUUCUUUGCUUUUACCAGGUAAUGACAUAUUGAAUAUUCAGCACUGAAUAUUCACGUUUCAAAGCUUAAAUAAUGUUUUAUAUAAAUUUAUAUAAAGAUAAAAA